UGUGUUUUUAUGCCCCUCCCCCAACCUUUAACUGAAGAGGUUGUGCUGUCUCAAAACAAAACUAUACACUCCACACUAAGAAGAGCCAACAUCAGUGCUGCCUUGCUACUGUAUCAGUCCAGUGUGAAGACUCCACGGGAAGAAAGCCAAGACAGGCAAACCUGAAGAGGAUGGAGAUUGGUAGGAGCACUGAGAUGUAUCCACCCAAUAUAUGUGGGCGUCACUGUCUGGGGCCCCUGUCCUUCCACAAAGGGGCCUUGGGAACCGAUGUGUGGCUGAGUCUGGGAGGUAGACGUGUGGAGAGGGACAGAGAGACCUUCCAGAAUGGUCUGACUUUCAGCAGUCGUCCAAUCAGGGUCCAGGAGAAGAUACAUCUGAGGGUGGAAUGCUGUGACCAACACUGGCAUGGAGCUCUGCGGCUGGGCUUCACCAUCAUACCCCCCUCCUCCUCUGGGCCCCUCUUCCCUCCUGCUAUGGCUAUCCCUGACCUCACCACCACCUACGGGUACUGGGCAUCCAUCGUGCCCUCCAGCCUCAUCAUGCCAGGGGCAGAGCUCCGCUUCUGGGUGACCCCUCGAGGAAUGCUGGUUUACGAGGGGCCAAAUGGUUUGAGGUACAAGCUACUGAAGGGGGUGGAUGUGACACGCCCCCUGUGGGCCAUGAUAGAUGUCUACGGACAGACCAGAGCUGUGCUCCUAUUGGGAUCAAAAAAGAAAGACUUAUUGAAGUUGCGGAUCCGGAGGUCCUGUCCUGUCCCUCCUCCUCCCUCUGUGUCUCAUAGGGACAGCUGCAUGUGUGUGAACGAGGAUCAUCCCUGUCGCACCCCUCAGGACUACAGGCUCUCUGCUGACCCUAUCCCUACCACACAGAUAGACCACUCUAUAGAUUGCGUGGUCUGUCUAUCUGCUAGAGCUUCUGUGGUCCUUCCCUGCGCCCACCGCUGCCUGUGCCUUCGCUGCGCCCAGCGAGUCAAGGCCGAGUUUGGAAACUGCCCGCUGUGUCGCCAGUCAAUCAGAUACAGCGACGAGGACAGGGGGAUAAAAAGUUGACCAACCGAUGGGGAAAGGAGGGAG